GUUAUUGUAUCCCUCCGCUGCAGUCGCACUAGGAAAACAGCUGUGGCGAGGCUAAGGCUAGCUAGCAUCGUUUGUGUUUGUGUGUCCGCGAUUCGAGUCAGUUCUUAAGCAACCCGUACCACCGCUGAGUGACCGACUUGUUGUCUGUCAUCUCUUUUAAAGAUGAAGUUUCAGUACAAAGAAGAGCAUCCCUUUGAGAAGAGGCGGUCCGAAGGCGAGAAAAUAAGAAAGAAGUAUCCGGACAGGGUGCCAGUAAUUGUGGAGAAAGCACCCAAAGCCAGAAUAGGAGAUCUGGACAAGAAGAAGUACCUUGUCCCCUCUGACCUGACGGUGGGUCAGUUUUACUUCCUCAUCCGGAAAAGAAUCCACUUGCGAGCUGAGGAUGCGCUCUUCUUCUUUGUAAACAACGUCAUUCCACCCACCUCAGCUACCAUGGGAUUGUUGUACCAGGAGCAUCAUGAAGAGGACUUUUUCCUCUACAUUGCCUACAGUGAUGAGAGUGUGUAUGGGGACAGCCAAAGGGAAAUCUGAUCCCACUUCAACCACUACCCACCUUUCUGAGACCUCCACAUCCAUUCAUUCAUUUAAAUAUUAAAUCCAGCUCAGCAGCCUACAGUUCCCAGAGUGAAUAUGUCAAAUGCACUUUCACCACCCAUGCAUUACCCCUCUCGCAUCCAGUUCUGUCUUUAUUACUCUGCAGUCUGAAUUGUAUUUGUCUCCCGCUUUUCUUUUCAACAGUAACUAAGUGGUCUCAUGGCCAGUUCAGUUUCUAGUGUCAAAACCGAUCGUACUUUACUUAAAAACAAUGCGAGAGAUUAAUGAAAUAAUACUAGAAAUAGGCCUUUACUAUAGCUACUCCGGGUUUAAGGGAGAAAGGAUUUAAAUUGCGUGUUAUUUAGAAUGAACGCAAAUGUUUUUUUGGGGGUUUUUUUUGUUCAGUUUUGUUAGCUUGAGCUUAGGCUGAGAAAUGAAAGGAAAAGAACUCUUUCACUAGGAAAAAACAAACUAAAGUGACAAAAUUUAUUUAAAAGCAUGUCAAGGAGAAUUUAGCUUGCUACUCUGCAUUGGACCUUUGCAAGGAGUAUAACAGAAUUCAGACUAAAUAAUCAUCCUCUGCUUUCAGUGGUAAGACUAUUAUGUUGACUGCUAAUGAUUAUUGUUGUUAUUGUUGUUAAUUUUUAGAUGGCUUACUUUCUAAGGAUCGUGUAAAGCUGAGUGCAAUUUUUUUUCUUCUAUUUUUUAAGUUUUUUUUUUUUUGUUUUGUUUUGUUUUUUUGUAAGAAGAAAAAUUACAACUGAACUCUGUAUACAGCUGCGUAACUGGCUCUUUCUCUCUAUUCAUGACCAUACAUAAUAAAAUGUGAUGGAAAAACUA